GUGCAAUGUUCUCCAAUCGAAACGCAGAUUCUGUAAGUCCCGCCUCAGACGGUGGGCUUUUGGCGUUUGUAGUCAAGCUGGACUCGGUGGGCUGACGGAGAGAGGCGUAGAAAGGGGCACUAAAUCGUCGAUUUCGCCGGUUACAACCGAACAAAAAGGGCACUGUUGCGACAGGAAAGAAAAGGUUGUUAAGGCGAUUUGGCGAACCGGGGUGGAGAUGGCCCAAGAAACGAAGCAGACCCAAGUGCCAAUGCUGUGUGCGACUGGGUGUGGGUUUUAUGGGAACGCUCGCACGAACGGGAUGUGCUCCGUCUGCUACAAAGACUCCUUACAGAGACAGAACAACAGCGGCACAUUAACUCCACCAGUGGUCGAGGUCGGCAGUAGUGAAGACUGUUUGCCCGCACAGCAUUCUGAGAGCGGCGAUCCACACUCAGCCCCACCGUUCCCUACGACGGACACCCCAUCGGAGCAGAACAGCGUUGUGUCCAGCCUGACUCUGUCAUCACAAGCCUCACUAACGUGUUUGGAAGAGUGUGAGCCAGCGGUGGACAAAGGACACAGAACAGAAGAAUUAAAGGCUGUGGCCACGGUCUACCCAGACCCAGACCCAGACCAGGGCUCUGCAGAGGCACGGGACGGAACCCUGGAGAACCUGAAGCAAAACAGAAGUCGCUGUUUCAUGUGCCGUAAGAAAGUGGGACUCACAGGUUUCGACUGUAGAUGCGGAAACGUGUUCUGCGGUACCCAUCGAUACUCUGAUGUCCACAGUUGCACCUUUGACUACAAAGCAGACGCCGCCGAGAAGAUUAGGAAAGAAAACCCUGUAAUUGUUGGGGAGAAGAUCCAGAAGAUAUGAAAGCCCUUCGCUGGACUUUGCUAAAGCCAGUUUAGAUAUGCUUUUUCUUUCUUUCCUGAAAUCGUUCCCGAUUUGUUCUACAUAAUUAAAUUAUGCAUGGCACCUACAACGCGUCGUUGAAACUGUGAUUCUAUUAAGUUGCGAUUAUUCGGUUUCUUUUUCUUCUAAAUGUUGUGCUUUGUGAAAUCGAGUUGAAUUGAAUGAAUACAAUUUAAUGCCGGCGUCUUCGAAUCAUUUAGGGCUGUCUUUGCGAUUAGGUUGGACGCCUGCAGUGCGUCGUGUGAAAUGCAUGUCUUACGUCAAUCACCAGUCACUUUUAUACUGUAAAUAGUUUCUACCAAUAACUGAAUGUAUGAUGGGGCAGAUGUCCAAGUGCGUUUUUUCAUUAACGGCUAAAAAGCGUUUUGCGUACGUUGGAACAUUUUAUUUCCCAUUACUGUAGGUGUGUAUGUGUUUCCUUCGAGUGGUAAAGUCAGAUCUCUGCAUUUUCUUGCAGUCUUUGAGUGAAAGCGUGAGUAUACUUAAUUUCAGAGUCCGAGAUAAGUAUGACCUCACAGUACUUUUGUUAGUUUGUUCAGUUUUAACGUUUAUUAUAAUAAAGUUUAAUCAAAAUUU